AUGGCGGCCCACGGGCGACCUGUUAGUCUGUCUGUCUGUCUGUCUGUCUGUCUAUCAGACUGCAUAUUUCAGGAGAUCCUCAAUUCAUCCUCUGCGGAGUUGGAGGGAGCUCGGGUGAUCCUCCAGAACAUCAUCUGCCGCCGCCUGUAUAAGUUUGUGGGUGAGAUCAGACCCACCCCUCACGUGGACGUGUCCCAGGUUAAGCAGCGGGAGUGGGCUAAAGAAGUAGCCAGCUCCAAACCCAGUGGUGAAGAUGUGGUCUUGGAGAGCGAGGACUUCGUUGUCGAUGUCAUCUCCUUUGACUACGGCAUGAAGGACAAGAACCCCAUGAACUACGUCCACUUCUACCACAAAGAAACCACGAACAAGGCCAAAAAGAUCCCCAAGGAUCAGGUGUCCAAGCUGCUGCCUGAGAAGUUUGCGGAGCAGCUGAUCCGCGUGUACUGCAAGCGCACGGACAAGCCCAGUCUGGAGGAUGCCAAGAAGUACUUUGAGAAAUGGUGCAUGGACAACAACUUCAUCCAGCCUCAGGCGAGCCGGGCCAGCGAUGACAGUGAUGAUGAUGAUGAUAAAGAUGAAGACGGAGACGAAGAUGAAGAUGAAGAUGAAGAUGAGUAA